AUGCCUAAAUAUCCCAGAGCGUGUAAUAAUCGUUACUUUCACGAAAAGUGGGGAAGUGUUGAAAAUGGAAAUGGAUUAACAAUCGCAGGAAUGGUUUGUCGGAUUUGGCAAACACGUUUGAAAAGUUUUUAAAGGAAGAAUGUCACCAGCAGUGACAAACGUUUGCAGUGAUUGUCUCCAAAAGUGCCUUCAAAUUUUGAGGAGGCCGAUUAUGCAGGAACAUCUAAAACCUACCAUGAGAAAAAGGUCCAAACAGAUGAAAGUAUUUUUUUCCAAGGAUGAGUAUAAACAGCUACGUCAACAGGCUUCAAGAAAGAUCUGGAUAAAUUAUGUUGCUAUUUUUCAAGUGUUUUCAACCAAUGUCUGGAAAUGAUCCCAGUGAAUUUGAAAAAAAUUGCAAGCAGGUCGGUGCAGAAGAGCUGUUUAAAGUUUUAUUUGAUGCAAUGAGCUCGAACAGAAUGUCAGAUGAAAGACAUUUUACCAAACUUCGCACAAUGGUGGUGAUAUACAUUAUGAUGUACUCACAUUCUCAAAGUGCUAAGUGGUUCCAGAUAACACUUUCCGGAACACUCCAGCAAUUUGGUAUAAGCGACCAAGGCUUGGCAUCCCUAAGGAAUCUUGGAGCAGCAGCACAUCUCCGUACGGUCAAGGCUGCAACACAAUCUGAUCUGCCGCUUUUCAUUAGGAUAAUGUUACCAGUUUCGUCCAGGAAGUGGUGGAAAAUGAACAUUUUCUUGUGUUCUGCAUAGAUGACUACCAUAACAUUCACGCAAAGAAUCGUCCUGAAGCAAAAACACAAACACAAGCAGUUCAUAUGAGCAUGUCGUUAGUAAAAGUGUUCCCAAAUGUUGAAGCCAUCUCGAAGGAAGGUCUUCACACACCUUUGUUACCUCCCGCGCCUGUUCAGCCUGAACAGUUGUCUCGACAAAUUGGUAGCAAUAUGGCUGGUCUAUCACAGAGCUAUGCCACAAAUAUGCCAGAUUGGGUGCUAGACAAGUACUUCGACCCUGAAGCUGAACGACACCGACUCCUGUUACACGACUACCAGCAAACAAAAAUACAGAAAAUGAGAUAUAUGGAAAACACCAAAUUAAUUGACAGCCUCCAUUUGCCUUUGAAAUCAUACGAAGAACCUCUCACUGUAUUUAAGCACAUGCUUUCCAAUGGUUUGGAAAUCUACCUCAGCAAUUUUCUGCCUCCAUUCAUGGGGAACUGGCCUACACAGUUCUUCAUGCGACAACUGGUUUAUAAUUUGGCUCAUCAAGUUUCCUUACCUACCAUUUGUCAGAAUGUUGUGCCACUGAUGGGUCCCUUGCAUAUUUCCUUAAAUUCACGGGAAUGUGUCCUGAAGCAUUUCCAUCCUAUCUUUGCAGAGCUGUAUUCCCUCCUGUUUGGAAAAAAGGCAAAAUUGGCUGGACACUUGUUCGUGAAAGUAUUCGGUCAGUUUUCUGUCACUGUAAAGAAAUUGAGUUCCUUACCCUCGUCAACCUUAUUGAUAAUUACGUGCCACUUUUGUUAAGCAUCUAUUCGAUCGUGUUUAGGUGUAAUGACUAUGAUUUGUAUUGCAAGUCUGAGUUGCGCUGUUGAGUUAUGUUCAUGAUGUUCUAAAGGCGUCAUUAUGACAAGGUGCUGUUGGUAGUUCUAUCUACAUUCACGUAUUGGCAAGAGAACAACCAUCCUAUGUACAGUACCACUCACUUCGUCAAGCAUUGGUUGCAUUUGAUGAGUACCCGGUUGAAAAUUUCCACUCUGUACUGCAGGCAAAAACAAAUGCCACUGACAAUGCUAAGCAAAUCAGUCUAAAGGCAAAGGAGAUUGAUGCAU